UAGGCGGGGAAGCAAUCGAGUCCAAUCAGAAAACCCUCUCUCUCUUCUGUGUUUGACCUGACCUGUGAGAGGGACAGAGAGAAACCCUAGCACAGCCAUCAUCGCAAACCGAUCGGCGACUUAGCAGGCAUACUCCUUCCCUUGACGAGAUCAAUAUUGCUGUUGGUGGAGAUUGAAAUCGUGCUUGAUUGAUCAGGAGAGAGGUGAAUAGGGGAUGGGGAAGAAGAAGAAGAGAGCGUCCUCGAAGGUCUGGUGCUACUACUGCGACAGGGAAUUCGACGAUGAGAAGAUACUGGUGCAGCACCAGAAGGCUAAGCACUUCAAGUGCCACGCCUGCCACAAGAAGCUUUCCACCGCCUCCGGCAUGGCCAUCCAUGUCCUCCAGGUCCACAAGGAAUCCGUCACCAAGGUGCCAAAUGCUAAACCUGGUAGAGACUCAACCGAGAUUGAGAUAUAUGGAAUGCAAGGGAUUCCACCUGACGUUCUGGCGGCUCAUUAUGGAGAGGACGAAGAAGAGACCCCACAAAAAUUGCCUAAAGUUGAGCCUCGAGCAACACCAAUUGCUCCUCCUGUGGUACCUGGAUUAGGGGGUGCCUAUCCGCCCCAGCCUACCUUGGGUCCUAGGCAGCCAAUAUACAAUCCAUCAGUUAGCAUACCUUCUAGUGGUUGGUCAGUGCCGCCCCGUCCACAGCCUUGGUUUCCUCCAUAUACAGCAGCUUCAGUUCCUCCUCCUGUCGCAGCCCUGGCCCCUGCUCCUUCGGGUCCUAUGCAGCAGCAGCCAUUAUUUCCUGUGCAGGCUGCAAUGGCGCCUGCUCCACCCUCUACAUUCCAGUCAUCACCGCAGAUAACUCCACCUGGACUCCCUUCAUCUACGAAUGCUCUCCCUGUAUCUCAACCAUUAUUUCCAGUUGGCAGCAGUACCAAUAUGCCAUCUCAAAGUGUGCCGUUUACUACAUCAGGGAUCAGUCAUUCUCCAGCUGACCUCAAGAGCCCAUUUGCUCAAUCAGGUGCUAUUUCAACACCGGGUAGCAGCUAUCACACUCCAGGUAGUCAAGAUGGUCCUGUGCCUAAUUCACACUCAUACGCCUCUGGCCCAAAUACUGGUGGCCCUUCAAUUGGUCCUCCUCCCGUGAUUGCAAACAAAGCUCCAGCACCUCAGCCUGCCACUAAUGAGGUCUAUUUGGUAUGGGAUGACGAGGCAAUGUCCAUGGAGGAAAGAAGGUUAUCUCUAACAAAGUAUCAGGUUCAUGAUGAAACUAGCCAGGUAAGUCAUAACUAUUUUCCCAAGAUAUCACCCUGUCAUGCACUUCUAACCCCAAGUGUAGGUUUGAUGUGUCUGAUUUCUAGUAGGUUUUAAAUAGGUGACAAUUAAGAGGUAUUCUCAGUAUGAUAUCCUUUUGAGACAUUGUAGAUAACAUAUUCGUUAAAAGAAAGUGUUCGGUCAAUUCGUUAAAAAAAAAAAAAACUGUGCUUUUGUCAAUAAAGUCAUGUUCUUCUGCCUAAUAUGCAUUUUGAGGAUAUGCAAAUGUUUUGUUAAUGGCCACUCUCCAGUCUGCAAGCAAUCCACCGACUUGUGGGCCACAAAAGAUUCAAGUAGGUAUACGCAUUCUUUUUAUUGGUGACUGUAAUUCUGACUCUCUCUCAGUAAGAACCGUGCCUGCCUGUUAUAAUCUUGGGUUUUUGUUAUCAUGCACUUCGCUUGUUACCUGAGCCCCCUGAUGUGGGAGGUUCAGGUGGGACCAGGAUGUACCGACAGAUAUUUUUCUAGUGUUUAGCAAUCAUUACAAUUUUACUUACUCAGUGAAUUCGGGCUUGACUCAGGUCAGAUUCUUAUGCAAUGUCUGUACCUUUUACAAAAACCAAAUACUAUAUCCCUUUGUUCAAGGAUGAUUUUGAAGUUUCUCUUCUGAUGUUUCUGAUUGUUUCUUCAUUUGUCAGAUGAAUUCUAUCGAUGCUGCAAUAGACAGGAGAAUAUCAGAGAGUAGGCUUGCCGGUAGAAUGGCGUUUUAGCUCCGGGGUUAACGUCAUGUGCUGGGUUGGAUGCAGAAGGGAUGCAGCAGUACUUAUUCCAAAAUCAGGUUCCAACUUUCUGCUAUCCUCUGGGAUUAUACUAGUGUUGUACUAUCAGCAAGGUAAAAAGGAAGUUUAGGGUUUUCUUACAGAACUGAUUCCUCCGGUCAGGCUUAUUCCCAUUCGUUCCUCCUUUGGGGGAGGGCUAAGUGUGCAAUCUUAACCCAUUUGUUUAAACAUGAUCAUCUUUCUUAGUUUUUCAUGUUUUAUUGUGUGGUCCAAUUGUUUUUUAGACAUUACCAUUAGUGAGUUUGGAUCUCUAUAGUCAACUAUGUGGUAAUCUUAUAUUGAGAUGUAGUGUCAACUGGUGUAAUAUUGAUAGAGAUCAGCCCUUAGACGAUAAAGGAAUUAAGAUUCCUUUCUCUUUCACGCUUCUCUGGUUUUUAAGCUUUUACUCAGAUGAUGCUGAAGGGAGAGGAGAUUACAAACAUAUGAAGAAAAGCAUUUGGUAAUUUGCCUCAUCUUUUCUGGGUAUACAAUUUACUUUAUGGAUGCGCUGCGCAAAUUCUUUAUUUGGGGAGAUUCGGUGGGAGAAACUCUGCAGUAGUGCACUUCGUGUGGUUGGUGCAGUUAUGAGUGGCUUAUGUGAUAACAAUCGAUAGUUUGUGGACGACAGAUGGCUAAUAUGCGCAGCUUAUGACUGGAGUUACCACAUGGAAGUGAAUUGUGGAUGAUCCAAAUUGGUAUUAAAUGCGAAUGAUUAGGAAAACAAGGACUUUUGCCUAGAGAUGAAUGGGGGCCCUAAAA